AUGUUUCCCACUUUAGUUGCACUCCAUCACGCUAUACAAGAUAUUCACCAACUCGCCCAAAUCCAACAAGAGAAUGAUGAUGAUAAUAAUAAUAGUAACAACGACAGUAAUGCGAAGGAAAGCGAAAAACAAUUAUUUACUUCCACUCCAACUCCAACCAUCAUCACAGUAAAAACAGGUGAUGUAGUGGCGCGGCUUCUCAACAGUAUUGAAGAAGCCCUCACACCUGAUCCAUUAUAUAAUGCCGGUGUAUUCUUUACGGAAAUUGUCCAGCCGCUGUUAAACCACAUACCUCGACAACACAAAACACAUUUCCCACUUGAAGAAACAUUACGGCAUCAUCGGCCGGAUGCUAUAGAUGCAUUUCGUUGUUGGCUUAUCCACAGUCUAAAUACAGUAGACUCUUUACGGGAGUCUCUGAUGAUAUUGUUACUAUGCCCAUCACCUAUAGAGGCUGAAGAAGUGAAUAUGAAUAGAAUGACGAAUACUACUACUACUACUACUACUACUGCGUUGAUGAGGAGGAAUAGUAAUAGUGGUAGUAGGAAUCAUGAAAUAAUAGAUACUGGAAAUAUGGAAACUGUAUUGUUUAGAAAUGAACAGGCACGACGAUUGCAGCAAUGUUUAGGCCCACAUUCCUAUCUCCUACGUGAGGAGUAUAUAUUGCAGUUAUUAGAUUUAUUACAUGCGGUAUGGCACCCUACGCGUGAGAUCUCUACAAGAAGAGAAAUAAAAUCGCAUAUAAUAUCUUCUGCAGAUGUGUUGAUCCAAUAUCAACUUUCAUUCAUGGAGGCAUUGCCGUUGUUUUGGGAUCUGCCGCGUGUCGUGCAUGUGGAGAAAUUGAAACUGCAAGGCAAGCGAAGAAGAAAGAAACUCCAUCAACAUCAAGAAGAAGAAGAGAAAGAACACCUAAAAAGUAUGGGAGUUGAUCGAAAAGAGAAUGGGUAUGAAAAGAAUAAGAAAUUCAAUGGAAAUGGAAAUGAGUAUAUCUACGUUCUUGAUGCCUCCACGCAAACUGUGGAAGACAAUAAGUGUAGAAAUACGCAUGAACAGCCAACUAAUAGUCGUAGUCGUAGUAAUAGUAGUAAUAACAGUGCUAGUAGUAGUAGUAGAAGUAGUGUUAAUGAUACGGAUAAGGAUAGAAGUCGUUUAAAAGGUAAAAUAAUUAUAAUCCAUGGGGAUCAUCAUAAUAGUGUGCAUACAAUACCUAAAGCCUCUACACAUAGUAUUGCUGUUAAUACCGUUCAUCCAUCAUCCUUAAUGUCCUUUGUAGAGUUAUUAGAUGCACAGGAGGAACUGGAGAAGGCGCGAUCAGCAUUACGACGUGAGGAGGAAAUCCUGCAAUUGCGUGAAGAGUCUCUUGUGGAGUUGGAAAAGGAUUAUCGUGAGAGAUUAGAUCUCUUAACACAUGUCCUUCGUGGGGCAAAGAAGAUAUAUAAUGAGUUUGUAGUGAAUGCUCAUACAGAAGAACUCCACAGGGCAAUUGGAAAAGAACAAACCACAACACAGAAACAGCAGAUGGAUACUCAUAUGAAUAUAAAUACAACUGGUAUUACGAAUGCUGAUGUGGAAUCUCGAUUACUGAAUCUUGUUGAAGUUCUUUACGGUAAUAAUAAUAAUAAUAAUAAUAAUAAUAAUAAUAAUAAUAAUAAUAAUAAUACAACGAGAGCUGCUGUGCCUAUUCCGCAAACACCAGAAACGCUUGCUGCUGCUAAUAGGAUGAUUGCCCAAUAUCAAGAAGAACGUCAAAAACGAUUAGGACUGAGAGAACAAUCCCAUACUUCUUCCGCUGCGCCUAUUCCUCUCAUGAGGCCGGAUGGUGUUUCUCUCAUGUUUACACCUGUACUCUUUCCCCCCGCUGUUCUCCCUCGUCCACUGCAGCUGCAGCAACAGGCCUAUCGCUGUGCUGAUUGCCGUGCCCCACUUGCCGGUGUUGGGGUGAAGUUCUUCCGUCUGGAUCGCAAACCACGACGUUGUCAUUAUUGCACGCAACUCUAUUGUCAUCAUUGUCAUUCCAAUCAAAUGGCGGUGUUGCCGUUUUUGGUGUUAACACAUUGGGAUUUCACCACCCGACGUGUGUGUGGACGACAUUAUGAGUGGCUGCGGCGGAAUUGGAAUCGCCCUUGCUGUACAAUGGGUGGACGAGAAGAAGAAAGAGAAGAAGAAGAACAACAACAAGAACAACAACACUUUCAUCCAGUGGCGAUGAGAGAUGCGGUUGUGCUUGUAAAGAUACUACGCCAUUGGUUUCUUAUCUGUGCUCGUAUGUUAAGAUGUUGUCCAGAGCCGAUAUCUGCAGAACUCACGGCAAUACUACAGACAUACUAUGCAGAGACAGAUGUGAUGUACGCAUUAAGUGAUUUACGUGGAAUAAAGUAUAGUGAAGAGAAUGGUAUGAUAGCACGGGAACUACGUGGAGGUAAAGCAUGGAUGGAUCUUUUGCAUAUACGCCAUAAUACUAAUGAUAAUAAUAAUCUUACUAAUACUAAUGAUAAUAAUAAGAAUAGUAGUUUAUUAUUUAUUGAUCCAGUACAUCUUAUGACAACUGUCGGUAGUGUAGUAGGUGCUUCUGCGUCGUAUCAACGAGCCAUGAAGUAUUUGCGUGGUUCACUACAUAGAGAGAAGAGUCGAUCCACUUCUUUAGUCUGUGAAAAGCAAGAAGAUGAAAAUGAAAAUGAUGAUGAUAAGAAGAAUAAGGAAGAGGAAGAGAAUGAUAAUGAUAAGGAUGAUGAUUGUCAUUAUUCACACUAUUGUCAUUCCUCAUCUUUAGGGAGAAGUACACAUACAUCAUCCUCCACAUCCUCCUCCUUUGCUACUGCAGGAGAGACUAUGACUACUAAUACUAAUACUACUAAUACUACUAGUGCAAGUACAAUGAUUGGAGUGAACAGUCAAACGACUAGUCAUGAUGAGAAGGAACCGGACUUUGUACGUUAUCUCGUUACGCAAAUUCAAAUGAUGGAAAAACAUCUUCUUCAUGAUUGUACAUUCUGCGUGGCCCGCACAACAACUGUGUGUGAACUCUGUGGAGAUCGUGAAGAGGAGGCACGAUUGCCUUUCAUAGACGCUGAGGUUUUUGGUAUUCGGCUUCUUGAAACCCUAACAAGAUCCACAAUCUCAACAUCAUCAUCAUCAUCUCUAGAGGGUUAUCACACAGCAGAUAAUAAUAAUAAUAAUAAUAAUAAUAAUAAUAAUAAUGGGGAUCCACAACUCAUUCUCUUAGCCUCUGCAGCCAUGCAGUUGGUGCGUGGUGGGAAUCGUAAUAACAAGAGAAGAAGUGUGGUCGCAUGCAAGCGAUGUGGUACGAGAUAUCACAAGUUGUGUAAAGAAAAAAUAGCUUGUCCACACUGUACGUGA